UACUACAUUACUAGUAGAGUUAACCGGGUUUUCGCUGUACGCUGUCUGGGGAAUCAACUGGACCAUCUCUCCUGCUGUGUUUUUUACUGAGAUUGCGGAAUGCUGCUAGACGAGACUCCACUUUUUGAGCCCGCCCUGCUCCAGGAGCUAGACUGGAGUAGCAACACUGUCUCCUUCUGUCCUCCCAUCUCCCCGUCCAGCCCAGGGGAAGGCCUGGUGCUCAGGCCACUCUGUAUGGCAGACUACAACAGGGGAUUCUGCAAGGUUUUAGCUCAACUCACUCAGACGGGCGAUUUCACAGCAGAACAGUUCAUGAAAAAGUUCGAGCACAUGAAGAGGACAGGAGACUACUAUGUUGUUGUGGUGGAGGACACAAUUCAGGGACAGAUUGUUGCCACGGCCACAUUGAUCACAGAGCACAAAUUCAUCCACUCCUGUGCUAAGAGAGGUCGGGUAGAGGAGGUAGUAGUCAGUAACGAGUGCAGAGGGAAACAGCUGGGCAAACUGUUAGUUUCAGCUCUCACUCUUCUCAGCAAAAAACUGAACUGCUAUAAAAUCACACUGGAAUGUGCACCCAACAAUGUGGCUUUCUACCAAAAGUUUGGAUACACUGCCUCGCACGAGACUUACAUGCAGUGUCGAUUUUCUGACUGAGGACAACGGCAGCUUUAAACCUCCUUUUUGGCGGCAUGGACCACACCUUUUUACACCCGCUGACAUCAGAGCAUGGCAUUGACGAAUCGUCUUAAGAAUUGAGACAGGUUUCCGAGAAUGAGGGUGUGGUUCUAAGUUGUUUCUGAAUGCUUGUCCUGAUUUCAUCACACUUGAGUAAACAUAAAUGUAUGUCGAAGCCCUCCACUCAGUCCAAAAUCAUCCUCCGCCCUUUUGGUAACCACUGCUACCUCACCAGGGUGGAGCUCUAUCAUCGUCUUCCCCCCACCAUCCGGAGAAGAAUAUCCGUUACUGUAAAUGUAAUGUUUCUGAUUGUUUCACACAAUUAAUUUGUUGUGUACUAAACAGAGAAAAUAGAAGUUAUAUAUGCGACUGUAAGUAAAUACAAUUGCUUGAGAAAUCAAGAUGGUACCAAAUUAAGUUAUAUUUCCGAAGCAACUACAAAAUUUAUAAAUAAAUUAUUUACAGCAGCUUUUCAAGUUAACCACAAAACCAAGUAUGCUGGAAGGAAUUAUUUAGAUCAUGAUCCAAACUUGGUCUCACAGAUGUGUUGCAUUGAUCAUCAAUGGCAAGUCACCAAAGAAAAGCAGUUUUGUUUCUUUUAAUGUGAUUACUGUAGUUAUUUUUACUAUGGAUUUUGUUGGGGUUUCUUUUUUCUUAUAUGUCCUCCUUGGUACAAAGAACUCUAUCAGCAGGCUUUUUUUAGUUGACAGCAGUGUAGCUGUAUAACUAGAAUGAAGAUGAAUACUACACGAUUUGAAGCAUUACUAUCAAGUCAAGACUGUUAUAAUGUAUAAUAUUUCUAGUGAACAAAAAGGUAUAUAUUUUGCGAGGCAGUGGUGAGAAAUUAAAGGAUUUAGAGUUUUGUAUUUGGUCGAUAUUUGAAAUUUGAUCAUAGCUGUGAUAAUGAUUCAAAUGACUUUUGUAAAUGAACUCUUAUUUAACUUUUAUAAUAAUGCUGUUAUUCUGGAGAACAGGGGAACAUAUUUAAUGCAAUUUAUUUCCAAAUAUGUAGUGGUCAUAAAAUAUUCAACAAUC